GAUGUUAGUUACUCGACUUCUCAAGAUCACCAGUUCAAUGAUAAAGAGGGAACUAGAGAAAAGCUAUUGGAAAUUCCACAUAGUGAGUCGUCGAUUGAUAAUAACAAAUCAAAUGCAUUGGAAAAAGGAAGUAAUGAAGUGAAUAAAGUCGCAAUGGUAGAGGGGGGUAUCGUUCAGGUCGAAAGAGAAUUGAAGCUUGAGGAUGAAUCUAUGAGAAAUAACAUUAACAUUGAGUGUGUUGAACCCGCGAAAUUGCCUCAUGAAGGAAGCUUACGAAGGAGGUCAAGUAGCAGCAGCAAACCUGCUAUGUCGGAGGACAUAGUUCGGGUUGCCACAAGCGCUUCAGAUAUUGAUAAUGUGGCCUUUGGAUCAUCGGAGAAGGAAAAUGAGAAGAGAGAAAUGGGUGUUAUCGAUGAGAAACCCACAAUGUCAGACGUUGUUGUGGAUACAGGAUUAGAGAAAAGGGACUAUGAAGCUGUAGCAACUUCAAAUGCAAAGCCCUCCAAGGCUGUAAAGGAUGACGACAAACUAGAGAUUCCGUACGAUGAGCCUGCAGUUGAUGCUGGUGUUCGUGCAAACGACAUGGAAGGUUCUCCCCAUGAGCAUCAGCCACUAGUAGCUUUGGAUCCACGACCAGUGCAAACAACUUCCUGGAAGAGUUGCUGUGGCUUGUUUGAGGUGUUUGCAGGAUCGAAUAAAUAACUUCAGAUUUGAGACACAUUAUGAUUCCAAGCAAAACGUUUUUCGUGAUGCAGAGGAGAGUCAUGUGAAGGUUGAGUUAUACAAUCUAUGUUUCUGUUAUCCUUGUUUUAUCAUAAGCAGCUCGACACCCCUCCGUUGUUUCUUGGUACUGCUUUACGUGCUUUCUGCUGUCGUUAGCUUAUUGGCGCAAUGGAUCCAGUAAAAGAGAGAGAGAAUUGUUUCUUUAGUUGCCUGGGAAACUUGUAAGUUAGAUUUUUUUUGGUUGUUGAUAGUUUUA